AUGUCUAGUACAAGUAGUAGUACAAGUAGUAUGAGUAUGAGUAUUGGUAUGAGUAGGUCAAGGUCAGUGUAUGGUCAUGCUGGCAGAAGAAGAAGACACAAAUCCAAUCCAGUACUUCUAUUGCUGCUUCUACUAGCACAACUACUAGUCCAAGCCAUUGACGCUGCACUGCUGUGGACUCCCUUUGAAGACACUAGUGAUGACUUGAGUACUACUACUAUUCCUACAUGCGCCGACGGAAGUCCCGCUGGAAUGUUUGUCGAAGACGUCCAUGCGGCAAAUCCCGUGGAUGUGACACGACAUGUGAUUGUCUUGACAGGCGGUGGCGCGUGUACGGAUCCAUCCGAUUGUCUCGAUUCCUACGAGAUGGAACCCUUCAAGUUUUCAUCUAAGCAACUCCCACCACAGAUUCAAGGACACACCAUCCUUUCGUCUCUGGCCGCGAAGAAUCCUACGCUUCACAAGUACCGGAAAUGGCUCUUGCCCUAUUGCACACAGGAUUUCUUUCUCGGUUCCCAAACCACACCAGCCAGUGACAGCAACUUUAUCCACGGUGGAGAACACGUCUUGACAGCCUCUCUGGAAUUGUGGAAAGAUUUGGCUAUAAAGGAUUUAUUGCCCAAUCAGAAUAUCACUCAAGUCGUCGUGGUGGGAUUGAGUGCUGGAGCCGUGGGAGUCAUGAACCAAUUGCCACUCAUAAGACGCAUUCUAGCAGACGCACACGCCGAAAAUGUCAAAUUCAUUUUGGAUGCUCCCACGGUAUUGAGUGAUCAAGCGUAUACCGACAAGGAUUUCAAUGACAUGAUGCUUCGAACCGUCAAUUUGACCCAACACCCGUAUUGUAAUCCACAAGCUCCCAUUUCGCGACUGUAUUCUCCCAUUUCCGCAUUGCCCUGUUGUUUGUCAUCCCAUUGCAUGUGGCGACAUCAUCCCAGUCUCACACAGUAUUAUGACAACAAUCCAACUCCAUUUGUAUCGGAUACCAUGCUCGUCUUGGAUUCGGCUUAUGACACAUUUGCCCUGGCGGCUGGAACCGUUGAUGAUGGUGGAAACAACGACAAGGACGACAGUCAUGACAAGGAAAACAAGAUCAGUGAGGACCACGAAGAUGUCAAUGAUGCCUGGUCCAUUGUCGAAUCGGCAGGACGACGAAAAGCAAGAGUCUUGGAAACCGCCAUUCUGGCACAGUGGCAGCAAAUGAUGAUGUUACAAAAUGACAACAGCAAUGAUACUGACAGCAACAAUCUACUAUUACUACCCGAUGACAAUACUCUUCAAACAUCAACAACAAAAUCACGAGUCCAAUGGAUUUUUGCCUCGUGUGUCACCCACACAUUCUUACUGCCGGCAUUGGAAUUCUUGGAACUCAGUUGUCGUUACGGGAACUACGAAGAUGAAGAUUUUGAUAUUGUCUGCAAUGCCACGGGGUUUGCGACCCGGUUUUCCAUUGACAAUGACAAUAUUCGAGUCUUGACGUGGAGGACCAUUGAUACGUGGGAUCUCGUCCAGUUUGAAAAUCAAUCCAUUCAUCAAAUUAUUGAUGCAUUCGUUGUCAGUAGUACUGCUAGUAGCGGACACAACGUGGAUGAUGAUGAUGACUCGAUCCAAACAACAACCACUGCCGUCAUUAUGGAAGAUGAUGCCAUACAACAAUCACAGCAACAACAACAAUCAUCGUCAUCAUUGACGACGAAUCGACAGUUAUUAUCCGCCCUCCAUGUCCAGCUCGAGGAUUGUUAUGGACCCAAUUGCAUGCCGCUGGGCAGCAAACAAAACAACAACAACGACAACGAUGACGACUACGAUACUCCUUCUUGUCAAUCCAUGGUCCAGGUCGAUGCCACCUUUCGAGCCGUACCGAUGCCCUUUACCAUUUUUUGGACCGUACUGCUAGUUGGAUUUGUCAGUGGGGCACUACUCCUCCGAAUCGCAUCGACAAAAGAAGAACCCGAACAAGGAAAUCAACAAUCCAUACUCGACCGAUACAAACGACAGCAUCCCUCUGCCACCACCACGGAACAAGAACAAGACUUUUUGACAACAGCCACCGCAAUGCCGGUCGAAGAAGGCCGUCGAGGAUCCCUCUACGGAAGUCUUCAACGAGAAUUGUCCGCACGUCGCAACAAUGGCAAAGACUUUACCCUCAAAGAUAUUCGUGUCCAAACCGACAAGGGAGCGAUCUUGUUGGAGAUCCAGCAACUCGCUCUCGCGUACGGUACCGUCAAUGGCAUUUGUGGUCGGAGUGGCGCGGGAAAAUCGACGCUACUCAAAGCGCUCUCGUUAUUACAACGAUCGGGAGUGCGUGUGUCCAUGUCGGUGGGAGGAGGAGCUUUGCGCAAUAUGCGAAGGGCAUUUUUGAGACAAGACGAUGCCGUUGCCUUUGGACAAUUGACGCCAUCGGAAUACUUGUAUUGGAGUGCAUCGAUUUACGGAACCGAUCCACACAUGUUUGAAAAUCUAUACAUGUUUGCCGAGGGACUCUUUCAUCGUGGUGGGAAUAAGAACAACAACAACAACAAGCUGAACCAUAGUACCGGAGAACAACCCAAAGUGAUGCAUCCGUUUUACGACACCAAGAUUGCGCAACUGAGUGGGGGACAGAAACGGAUUCUCUCCAUUGCGACCACGUUAUUGCUGGACCCCAACAUCUUGCUGCUGGACGAGCCGCUCAGUGGGUUGGACAGUGUUUCCUCGUUGCAGGUCAUGACGUCGCUACAGUACAUUGUGGAACGUUGCGGUUGCAUUGCCUUGCUGACGGUGCAUCAGCCAUCGGAUGCCAUUUUGGAAUUCUUUGAUCGGCUGUUGGUUGUGAGCGCUGGCAAAUUGGCAUUGAACAGUCGCAUCAGUGAUGGAGGGGUCAAAGCUGUCAGUUCACGACUCAACAGCCUCCUUUGUGACAGUCACAGGCGCACGUCCAUGUACAUGUCUCAAGCAUUUACGCAAACACUCCAGCAGGAAAGUGGUACCGGUGACUCGUUGCCGGAAAGCAUGGCGUUCACAAACGCGUUGGACAACAGCGUGCAUCUCUUCAAUACAACGCACCACCGGAGGGCCUCCAUGUUUACCACUCCCAUGCACAUGUCGUUUAUCGAAGAAUCGGCAGAAGAAGAAUCGUCGUCCGAGAUGGACGGAAAUUCGUUUCAAGAAGCUUCGUCAACCAAGGACGAGUGCUAUGAUUUGAUGGGGGGCACGCAGGAGACCAGUACCGAUCACACACAGGCCACGACGGAUCGUACUACUAGCACGCCUUCGACGGAUCGUACUACGCCCACCAUGACAAAUGGCAAAUUGGCUAUCGAUGUUGAGGAAUUCAAGCUUGAAGAAGAGGUUGCCCCAAAGACUGCCAAGAACGACAACCAAAUGGAUUCGUCGCUACAGCAUUCCGACAGUGAGCAACCACUAGAAACAACCUCUCUCGUUGAACGAAUAGUUGCCUGUGUAGCCAUCAUGUGUUGCUGCGACAGCAAAGUCAAGAGCCAAAUCCGACCACUGAUCCAACGAGUCCAACUGGAGUACGGUUGGGGUUUCAAGAAAGACAUUGUCCCUGCCAACGUUGCGAUUGCCAUUGUGGCAUUGGUUUUGACCACGCAAGAAACCCUGACGUUCCGAAUUGUGGCAUUGACGGUGGCCUUGGUGGGGAUUCCCGUCAUUGUAUUUCCGCACAAAGUGUUCCAAUACGCCGAGAUGUGGAAGUUUCACAAACGGGAACUAGACGACCUGCGUAUCUCCUUGGUGGCCUUUCAAGUUUCCACCUCCAUGUUUUCCUUUUCCAUGCCCGUGGUGAGCUUGACUCUGGCGCAAGCCAUCGGGUAUGCCAUUGUGGGUUUGGACUAUGGCAGCUUUUUGAACCAGCUGCUGUUCUCCGUGCUCCAUCUCUUGGUAGCGCUUCAAUUCGGACGAUCCCUGGCGGUGCUGUUUCAGGGUGACAAUCCCAGUAUUGUUCAAGUGUUUACCUUUUAUCUGUUCUUGAGUUUUCUGUUAAGCAGUACAUUGGUGGCAAGCUACAAGUUUCCCGUUGAGAUUCGUUGGAUCCACUGGUUCUCCAUUGACUUUUGGGCUAUUUCCGGAGCCGUGAUGAAUCAGUUGGACAAGGAUGUGAGCUAUUCCAACGACGAGGAUUGUUUUGAUUUUGUCACGUGCCUCCUCUCCGACGGUGGUCUUAUUGUCAGUGUGUUGGGCUAUAGUCCCAUGUCCACAAGCUACUUGGCUCUGGGGGUCUUGUCCAUUUGGUUUGUGGCUUUCGUCGUCUUUGAGCAUGCAAUGCUCCACUAUCGUUGUGAAGGGCGAUGA